GCCUGGGUCCGGCGGGGCUGAUCUGGCGCCCGCUCCGCGAUGGGUUCACGCAGUUCCCACGCCGCGAUCAUUCCCGAGGUGGACACGAUUCGGCAAGAGACCGGCUUCUCUCAGGCCUGUCUGCUCCGGCUCUACCACCGGUUCCAGGCUCUGGACAGGAGCAAAAAGGGCUACCUGAGCCGCAUGGAUCUGCAGCAGAUCGGGGCGCUGGCAGUGAAUCCCCUGGGAGACCGUAUUAUAGACAGCUUCUUCCCUGAUGGGAGUCACCAAGUGGAUUUCUCAGGCUUCGUCAGGGUCCUGGCUCAUUUCCGACCUAUAGAUGAUGAGGACGCAAGUAACCGGGACCCCAAGCAGCCUGAACCCCUCAACAGCAGGAUGAACAAACUUCGCUUUGCAUUUCAGCUCUAUGACCUGGACCGAGAUGGGAAGAUUUCCAGGCACGAGAUGCUACAGGUUCUCCGGCUGAUGGUUGGGGUUCAGGUGACAGACGAGCAGCUGGAGAGCAUCACUGACCGCACAGUUCAGGAGGCCGAUGAUGAUGGGGAUGGGGCCGUGUCCUUCCUGGAGUUUGCCAAGUCUCUAGAGAAAAUGGACAUCGAACAAAAAAUGAGCAUCCGAAUCCUGAAGUGACUCCCCCUGUGCCUUUGGCUAGCUUAUGCAGACCGUUUGUGCUUGGGAGUCGUCCUCGGCCUACUUGGAGGCAGGACCCCAGUAAACUGUAUUCUUACUUCUGAACCAAACACUGUUUGGAGCCAAGGAGAAAAAGCUGGGAGGUUGUGUGCCUAGCUCGCAUCCAUGAAUCACAGCAAUCUUUUGCUUGCAAGUGACUGAAAACCCGACUUGAAAUCACCAAAGUAAAAAUGAGAUAUUGUAGGCUUAUGCGAUUAAAAAACCUAGCAUGGUCCUUAAGCAUGGCUAGAUAUAAGGGCACAACUGGCAUUAAGAGGACUGAAAUAUUCUCCAUCUCUCAGCUCAGCUUCAUUCUCUGGUGGGCUCUUCCCUCAGGGUGGAGAAAGGCUCUCAGAAGCUCCAGGUUUCCAUCCUGCCAUCUUAGUAUGCCAGUGGGAACAAAUACUCUUAUUCCAAUAAUGCCAAGCAAAGAGUGUCAUUGGCCCGACUAGAGUCUGUUCCUAUCGCCAGGAACACUCUAGCUAGUCAAACUGUGCCCUGUUUUCAACUGAUCCCUUGGGUACAUGCUACUAUGAUGGGGUUGUGAUGAUGGAGAGAUGAU